AUGGAGGAGUCUGAUUUAUUGGAGAAAGAUCUGAUCGACCGCGAUAAAUUUCGGGGCGGCGAUCGACCUCCGGAGGCUGUUGAUUCUGGAAAAGAUGGCGCGAACGGAAUAGCAACGAAUAACGAAGACAUUGCUAUGGUGGACGCUGACGGCGAAGGGCAUCUCGAGAACGGCGUUGCGGAUGCUAACGACGCUGAGGCGGUCGCUGGACCGACGACUGCGGAGGGAGGAGAAGACGAGGAAAUGCGAGACGCGGAAGCGGUGAAAGACGACGGCGACGCGAGCGAUGGUCGCGCGAAUGACGUCGAGCGCGGAGACGCGGCCGCCGCGCCUGACGCAGCUGCGGCGGCGCCGGCAGGUGCGGACGAAAAUGAGGGUGGCGACGCGACGGAUGUUGAGGCUGGCGGGAAUAAGCAAGCUGACGGCGUGGCUGACGGAGUUGACGGCGAGGGGGGAACGGAGGGCGCGGACGAGCAAGAAGGGAAGAGUGGCGAGGAGAAGGAACAGGGCGGUGAUGCGAUAGGCGACGAGGAUGGGUUGAAGAAAAAAGCUGAUGAACAGGCUGAGGAGAAAGCGGAAGAGAAAGCGGAAGAGAAAGCAGAAGAGAAAGCGGAAGAGAAAGCGGAAGAGGAACCGGGGGAGGAAAUGGAGGAGGAAGCGGGGAAGGGAGAGGAAGGGAAAGCGGAGGGGAAAGCGGAGGAGGAAGCGGACGCGGAGGUGAAAGCGGAGGGGAAAGCGGAAGAAAAUAUGGAGGAGAGAACGGACGAGAAGAAAGAUGAGAAAGCAGAAGAGGAAGCAGAAGGGGAGGUGGAAGAGAAAGCGGAAGGAGAAGCGGAAGGUGCUGCGGAAGGAGUGGAGGCGGCUGGCGGAGAAGCGGCUGCAGAGGGGGGAACGGCGACUGGUGCGGGAGAGAAGGCUCUCGACGAGGCGGAGAAGGGGAGCGCGGAGGAGGAGGAGGGGAAGGACGAGGGGGAGGGGACGGAGGGGACCGAAGAGAAGGAGGGGGAGGUGGAGAAGAAAGAGGAGGAGGGGGAGGGAGGGAAGGAAGAGGAGGAAGGGGAGGGGGAGGGGGAGAAGGAAGGGGAGGAGGGUGAGGGGGAGGAGGAGAAGGAAGAGGAGGGAAAAGAGAGGAAAACGGUGAAGGACACGAAGGCGGGGAAGGGCGAAAAGGAAGCGGACGAGGAAAAGGGGCCGAUAGAGGGGAAGAAGGGCAAGGGGGGGAAGGAGGAGGUGCGGCGGAAGCAGCGGGAGGACAGGCCCGGGCAGGGCGGGGAUGCCAGCGACCAGCGCAAGGCAGCAAAGGGCGCAUCCCCCCAUCUCCGCCCCCACGGCACUCCCGCCAAGGCUUCCGCCAACCCCCCCCCUUCUCCCGCCACCCCCGCGGCUGGCAGGGCCCGCGGGGGGGAGGAGGAGAGCGGGGGGAGCGAGGACGAGGGGGAGUGGGCGCCGGUGGUGCACGAGCUGGUGUGGGCCAAGGUGCGCUCGCACCCCUGGUGGCCUGCGCGCGUGCUCUCCCCCUCCGAGGCCACCCCCAGGGCGCGCGCACAGCACCGCACGGGGCACCUGCUCAUUGGCUUCUAUGGCGACCAGACCUUCAAUUGGUUGCGCCCCAUGGAUCUGCUACCAUUCGCGUCGCACUACUGGGAGAAGUCACAGCAGACGCCCAUGAAGCUGUUCUGCCAGGCCGUGGCGGAGGCGCUGGUGGAGCUGGACGACCAGGUCGCCAAGGGCCUGCUGCACGGCGCCCCGCCCUCCACUCUCGCCGCCCAGCACCGCCGCGUCAACCCCACGGUCAUGCUCUCCUAUCUGCGAGCCACGGCCCGCAAUCCCAUCGGCGGGCACCGCGACGCGCUGCUGGCAGCAGUGCUGCGGCAGCGGUUCAUGCAGGGGGGCGGGGAGCGCGCCAAGGUGGGGCGCGCGGAGCAGGGCGCGCGCAGGCCGGACCUGGGGGAGCUGUUUCUGGUGGAGGGGCGGCUGGUGGUGCCCGAUGGGGAGGGGGGCGGGGGCGCUGGGGCGGAGGGGAAGAAGAAGGGCGGAGAGAAAGGGGGGAAGCGGAGGGCUCAUGUGGAGGAGGAAGAGGAGGAGGAGAAGGAGGAGGAGCAAGAGGAGGAGAAGAUGGAGGAAGAGGAGGAGGAAGAGGAGGUGGUGGUGGUGAAAGAGAAGAAGAAGCGAGGGCGGAAGUGGGAGGAGGAUGAGGAGGAAGUUGAGGUGGGUGAGGAGGAAGAGGAGGAGGACGAGGAAGAUGGGAGGAGGAAGAAGGGGCGCAAGGGCAAGCAGAGGGAGAAGGGCGGAAAGAGGCGUGGGAGGAAGAGAAAGCACGAGGAGGACGAGGAGGAAGAGGAGCAAGAGGAGGAGGAGAAGGAGGAGGAGCAAGAGGAGGAGGCGGGGGAGGAAGAGGGUCUGAAGCGGAGGAAGAAGAAGAUGAGGCGACGCAAGUCGGAGGGGGCGCCGGGCGAGGAGAGGGAGGGGGAGGAGGGGAAGCGGCGGAGGAGGAAGAAGCGCGUGGUGGACGAGGAGGAGGGCGCGGAGGGGGAAGCAGGGGAGGAGGGAGCAGCGGACGGGGGAGCAGGGGGGGAGGAGGAGGAGAGCGCUGGGGCAGGUGUGGCGGCAGGGAAGAAAGCGGGGGAGGGAGAGGCCAAGGAGGGGGCGGAAGGGGCGGAGGAGCAGGGGGAUGAGGUCAAGUCCCCGGUGCACUCGCCGCUGCGCUCACCUGUGCAGUCGCCUGGGGGGGCGGGAGCAGGUGGUGGGGGAGGGGGUCGAGGCAAGGGGCGGCCGAGCAACGCGCACAAGUGGGCGGUGGAGAUGCAGCGGCUGGGCAUCAAGGCCGCCGCUGAAACCGCCCGCGACGACCUGCUGCGCCUUGCUAGGAGCCCCCUGGACCUGGCGGAUCUGAGCGAGACACUGAAGCCCGUGGCAGCAUGGCGCCAGCACACCUUCUGGUUCGCCCGCUCGCACAAACCACAACCUGCUGCCGCUGCUGCUGCUGCUGCCAGCAAGGGCGAGGCAAAGAAGGCCCCAGCAGGCAAGGCAGGCGAGGAGGCGGCGGGUGACAAGAGUGCAGCGGCGGGAGAGGCAGAGAGAGAGGUGGGCGCGGAGGGAGUCGCGAGGGCGGAAGCAGAAGGGAAGGCUGCGGAGGAGAAGGCACCAGGCGAGGCUGUGGCGGGCGCUGGGGGCGAGGAGGGCGCUGGAGGCGCUAAGGGAGAGGAGGAGGAGAAGGGGAAGGCAGAGGAGGGUGAGAAAGAGAGGGAGGUGGUUCCCGGUGAAGGCGCUGCUCCGAUGGAGGUGGAGGGAGGGGAGGCGGAGGCAGGCGGGGAGAAGGAGAAGGAAGUGGUGAAGGAGGAGAAGGGAGAAAAGGAAGGGGUAACUGGGGAGAAGGAGCGUGGGGAUCAAGGGGCGAAGGAAGAGGAGGUGAGUGAGGAGGAGAGGAAGCAAGGCGAGCAGGUGAAGGAGAAGGGGGUUGAGGAGAAGGAGAAGGAGGAGGAGGGAGUGGGAGUGAUAACAGGCGAGGUGGAGGAGGAGGACAGGUGGGAGGAGGAGGCGGAGGAGGAGGAGCCGGUGCCGCGCCCGCCACCACCAGCGGCACCAGCACGCAAGGCAGUGGCAGCAGAGGCAGCAGCACCAGGGGAAGCAGCAGCAGGGGAGGAGGGGGCGGGUGCGGCGGUGCGGCCGAGGGGGCGCACCAAGGCGGAGGUGAAGGCGCGGCGGCAGCAGCGGCUGGUGGACGCCCGCCCUGGCAGUGAGAGCGAGGGGGGCGAGGGGGACGAGGAGGAGGACGGGCGCAGCGAUGACGAGCGGCCUGUGGCAGCAAGGGGCAGGGGGCGCGGGCGCGGGCGGGGGUCGAGAGGGGGGAGGGGCGGGCGGGGCAGAGGGGAGGCAGGAGGGCUGGCAGGGGGGAGAGAGGGGGUGAGUUUGACUGGGAGGGGGAGGGGGAGGGGAAGGGGGAGAGGCAGGGGGAGGGGCAGGGGGCGAGGAGGAGUGGGAGGAGGGGCGGAGGCUGGUGGGGCGGAGGGCGGAGGGGCGGAAGGAGGGGAGUGGGAGGGGAGGCAGCGUGAGGGAGGGGAGGCGGGGCAGGAGAGGGCUUUGCGGCAGCGCAAGGCGGUGGGGCCCGCGCGUGUGGAGGGGGACGCACUCAGCCCGGAGGGCCGGCGGCGGUCGCUGCAGCAGCUGGCCGCUGCUAAGAGGGAGGCGCGGGGCGGGGCAGGCGCGGAUGAAUCGCCCCCGCAUGCGCUAGCGCUGACCACGCAAGAUGCCACGUCAGUCCCACCUGGAUGGCAGCAGCCCCACUCCCAUCCCCAGCAGCAGCAGGGGCAGGGUCAGCUGGGUUGGCAACAGGGCUGGCAACAGGGCGGGCAGCAGAGCGGGCAGCAGCAGCAGCAGCAGCAGCAGCAGCAGCAGCAGCAGCAGCAGCAGCAUGGGCAGGGGGGCGGGGGGCAGCAGCAGGGGCAGGGGGGCGGGGGGCAGCAGGGGCAGGGGGGCGGGGGCCAGCAGGGGCAGGGGGGCGGGGGGCAGCAGGGGCAGGGGGGCGGGGGGCAGCAGGUGCUGUGCAUGCGCUUCCCAAAGCUCAUGCCGGCGCCCUCCGUGGCGCAGCUGCGCGCCACCUUCGCUCGCUUCGGAGCGCUGCUGGGCGCCAAGCUCAUCAAAUACCAGGGCGUCGCUGAGGACCCGUCGUCAGCCACAGCAGCCAUGCACGAGGCCAUGCACGGCUCCUCUCUCUUCGGCUCCUGGGACGUGCACGUGCCAUGCUGCUGGCGUGCCAUUCCCGCGUCCAUUGGUUCCUCUCAAUGCUCAUCCAUGUCUCUGCUCUCUGCAUUCCGCCCUCUGCCUCUCCACACGCACCUCCCCUCGCCCCCCCCUUUCAACCACCUCCUCACCUCUCCUCUUCGCGUUCGUCUCCACUCUCAUCUCUCUUAUUGCUCCCUGAUCCUCUCCCCUGCCCCCUCUUCCCCCCCUCCCCUUCUCUCCUGCCACCAGAUUGACUCUGCAGUCCCUAUCAGGCCCACAUAUCCCUCCGCCCACACCCCCCCACCCUCCGCCCACGGCCACCCUCCCUCCGCCCGCACACCACCUGCGCGCCUUCCCCCCGCGGCCUCCCCCGCCCCCACUCCCCCGCGCGCCCUCGCCCCUCCCCCUGCCGGUGCUGCCCUCGUGCCCGCCGCUGCUGCUGGCCGCCUCACACCCUCACAGCGCCACAGCCUGCAACUCAUUCAUUCCGCCCUCUGCUGCCCACCUCCACCUCUGCCUCGCCCCUCUCUACACUUCUCCUCUCCUCCUUAUCUUCUCCCCACUCGCCUCUUUCCCCCGCCCUCUCCCUCCCCUCCCCCCAGGCGAAUCCAGCGCAGGCGGCGCAGAGGCCGGGCAGUGGAGCCUGGAUGGGCACGCCCACCGCGCUCGCCCCCUCCGUUGCCCCUCAGUGGAUGCCCCUCCUCCUCCUUUCCCUCCUGCCCGCUCACACUCGCGAAUCCAGCGCAGGCGGCACAGAGGCCGGGCAGUGCAGCAUGGAUGGGCACGCCCACCACGCUGGGCCCGUCCACGCGCUCGCUGCUGCCGCGCUCCGCCCUCGCCCUCUCCAAGGACCCCCGCCGCCAGUCCCAUGCCUCCGCCGCUGCUGCCACUUCUCCUGGCGCUGCUGGUGGUGGUGGGGGUAUGGGCGGACAGCAAGGCAGGGAGGGGUUGCCUCCUGGGUUUGCAGCAGGGGCAGGGGGAGCGGGGGAUGCAGGAGGAGGGGAUGGGGGAGCAGGAGGCGGCGAUUGGUGGGAGGCACAGGACGCCCUCCCCACGCCCCCUGCCCCUGCUGCUGCCACUGACGGCACUGCCGGUGCCAUGGUUGCUGCUGCAGGGGCCGGGGCAGGGGCAGGAGAAGGGAGUGGGGGGGCAGGAGGGGGAGGCGGGGCGGUGCCGGACAUAAAGCAGAGCAUGUUCAGCCUGCUGAGCAAGGUGCAGGCCAUUGUGUCGCAGCCUGAAGGGGAGGGGCGUGCAUCACAAGGGGCUGACGCCAAUUCGUGA